AUGUUGGGCACCGGCAGCUCGAUCGAGGGUCACCUCCGAGAUCACGCCAAAGAGAAAUACAUCGGAGCGGCCGCCACAUCCAAAGCACUGGGAGACGAGAAAUACCUGGAAGUGUUGGGUCAGGAGUUCAACGCCAUGUCACCCGAGAAUGAGAUGAAGUGGGGUUUCCUGGAGACCAGUAAAGGGAACUACGAGUGGGAUAAUGCCGACAAACUGGUGGCGCUCGCCGAGGAAAACAACAUGAAGUUCAGGGGACACACCUUCCUGUGGCACAAACGUAUACCGGAUUAUGCCAUGGCUUUGGACGGCAAAAAGUCUGAGCUCCAGAAAGUAGUUAAGGAUCAUAUUAACAAAGUUGCUGGACACUUUAAAGGUAAGAUCUACGCGUGGGAUGUCGUCAAUGAGGUGCUCAACCAGGACGGGUCGGGCAAUAAGCUGAGGGACAGUCUAUUCUCGCGAACUCUGGGCUCUGGUUUCGUAGAGGAGGCUUUCCAUACGGCACACGCGGCCGACCCUAACGCCAAGCUAUACAUUAAUGACUACGGCAUCGAAGGCAAGAACAAGAAGUCGGACGCCUUAUACGAGUUGGUGAAGGAGUGGAAGGCUAAGGGAGUUCCCGUUCAUGGGGUCGGUAUGCAGGCACACUUCCGGGAGGGUAAUAUCCCCACAAACUACCAACAUAAUAUUCAACGAUUUUCCGAUUUGGGAGUGGAUGUGGCUAUUACUGAGCUUAAUAUCCGGUAUAAGUUACCAGGCUCAGCCGACAAGAAAGCCAAACAGGCCCAGGAUUAUAGCCACGCAUUUAGCGCCUGUAUGAAUGUGGAAAGGUGUGUCGGAGUCACAGUUUGGGGAUUUACCGAUAAAUACUCCAAUAUUUUUGAUCAGGGUUAUGGGGAACAGGAGCUCUGGACCGCCGAUUUUGAGCCUAAAUCCUCUGUCGAUGCGGUCGAGAAAGUGUUGAAAUAA